AUGGCAGACCGUGACGAUUUCGUCAAAAAAGCGUUGGCCUUCGUGCUGCAAUGCACCGCCAUUUACCAGGGCUUGCAGCCGGACGUUGCUAUCCUCGAUGUGGUGACUGCGGAUGGUGGAAAGGUGGUCAAAUACCACUACAAUGGGAGCGCGGAGCCAGAGAUGUGAGUUUGAAGGGGUAAACUGGCGGUCCGAAAAGUCGCCGGGUCGGGUUUUGGAUUUUGCACUGUGCGAAAGUCAGAGAGCGAGCGACAGCCGAGAAGAGCGAUUUGCACCGUGCAAGUGGUGCAUUUUGGGCUGUCGCUCGCACCCUGCCUUUUUUGCACGGUGCAAACGUCAAAAAUUUUGCCUGGAGUUGCUCGUCCAAGCUUACUCGAAGUCGAGGUCGGGCUUGGCCGACAACAACCUGGCCCUGAUUUUAAAUUGUUUUAAAUAUUACGUGUUUAAUUUAGUACGACCUACGAGCUCAAUGGUUUCGGCGAGACCAUCAGUAAUCUUCAAGUUCAAAUGAUGGAAAAAGACGGCAAACUGGUUCUGGCUGGUCAAGUGAACGCUGGUGAUAAGUCAGUCCUUUUUUACUUCAGCGAUUUAUCGUGUGAUGAAUUUUCAGAUGCCGGCCUUUUGUCCUCGAAGGAAGCGAGCUGAAGCCGCUAGCCCCCUUCGUUGCUUGCAAGAAUGAGGUUUCUUACAUGAUGAAUGAAAAGUUUUACGUUAUAAGGUGUGCAAGUGACCCGCGUAAUCCUCCAAAUUCCAUCACCACAGACCUUAAAGGAACUCUAAUCCCGGAUGAAAUGAAGGCAGGCCAAAAUGCACUUCCCUGCCAGUUAGACCUUGCGGUGAGCCAACAGCACAAGGUUUUAGCGUUUGACAAAUCAGGCUGUAUGGCAGUCCGUGAUGAUAUCACGAAAUGGAAGACAGCUGAGGAAUGCAAGAAGAAUACGAUUGCUUUGACUGAGGGAACGAUGUCAGACCUCUAUUCGUUGGUGAGUUAUAACAAUUUUUUCCUUUAUUGAUGUUCCCUCUUUACCCAACCGCUUUUCUUUUCAGUAUUACUUGUGGUUGGUCUUCAAGGGUGAUUGUAAAGCUGAAGCCGACGCCCUCAGUUCAUUCAAGGAUAAGUUCUUGAUCAAUACCUACGUCAAACUUCAGGCGAGUUUGGUGGAAACUUCGACGUAAGUUUUCAAACAUUGCAUUUUGGGGCUGCGAGGUUUUGGGUCGACGAGAGUUCGGGUCGAGGAGAGGGCUUAGUCGACAAAAAUUACACGGUUGACCGGGUCCUAGGGUAGUCCGUCACCUAUUUUGAGGUAUUUUUCGCGUAUUACUGCAAUGAAGCCAGAUAAAGUUUUCGGAUCUUUGCUUUUGCCUUUUCUAUGCCACAAUAGCACAGGGUCAAGAGAGCGAAGGUUCGCAAUAGCUAAACUUAAAGGGGAAGUACCUCAAGUGCGACGCUCAGAUUUUUUUUGCACACACGUCAGUCAUGAACUAGAUAUCAAUCGCUGAAAGUUUUAGCUCGCGCUUUUCCAGCUCCGCCGAUUGAACGAUUUUACUUUUGUUUCUUGCGUUAAAAAUUUUUUUUGGAGCAUCCGACGGCUUUUCCAGGCCUCGCACGCACCUCCCACCAUCUUUUUGCGGGUCUCCGCCGGCCCGAAAGAUGCCGUGUUGACCCGAACUGUCGUCGGGACGAAAAACGCGUGUAUUUUUGGACUUUUAUAUAAUUGUACACCCGUUUCAGCGCUGGAAAUGACACGGAAAGUACAGAGAACUUGGGACUAAUUAUUGGUGGUGGCGUGAGCGCGGUUGCGGUCCUGAUCCUGAGCGUGGUGGCUGGUGUCCUCUGUUUCCUCUACGUAAGCUUUUGAAGUUUCUGAAUUCGUAUUUCGUACAAGUUUGCAAGUAGAGUGGCAUUUUUUUCAGAGAAGGGGAAAGUUGUGCUGCAAACGCAAGCGCCUGGCUGAAGCGGAAGCCCGAGGCCGCAACAACAAUAAAAAGACCGACGACAAGAAGGGAGACGAAUCAGCCAUGUCUGCCGCUGGAAGCACCUCCAAGGGCGUUUCGAACGGCCACAAAACACCUAACGACUCGAAGCUAUUUAUCGAUAAAAAGCCUCAACAAACAUCCGAACAAAAAAACCCCCCCGCCGCCGCUGAUGAAGCACAAGAAGAAAAAACCGCCACCGCCGAUGGAGAACCGGCACAAUAG